CGGAAGCAGAAGCUGAACAAGCCCGACCAGUUUUCUGAAACAUCGUGUUGGAACCUUUUUUCCCACGGACAGAACCAGCCAGCCGCCGUGUUCCGGGAGAGGUCAGGAUGAGUCUCCAGUGGACAGCCGUCGCCACCUUCCUCUAUGUGGAGGUCUUCUUUGUUCUCCUGCUCUGUAUCCCGUUCAUCUCCCCCAAGAGGUGGAAUAAGAUCUUCAAGUCCCGUCUGGUCCAGACCAUUGCUCUGUAUGGAAACACGUACUUCAUGGUCGCCAUUGCCAUCCUGGUCUUCUUACUCAUUGAUGCCUUCAGAGAGGUCAGGAAGUACAGUGUAACAGACAAGGUGGAUGUGAGCACCAACCCUGUGGCCAUAGAGCACAUCCAUAUGAAGCUGUUCAGAGCCCAGAGGAAUGAAUACAUCGCCGGCUUCGCCCUGCUGCUCUGUCUGUUGCUGCGUCGCCUGGCCACCCUGCUCUCCCAGCAGGCCUCUCUGAUGGCGUCCAACGAGGCCUUCAAGAAACAGGCAGAGGGCGCCAGUGAGGCAGCCAAGAAAUACAUGGAGGAGAAUGACCAGCUGCAAGAGAAAUUGCAUGAGGCCGGCAUCACCCUACCGGAGGUGGGGAAGAAAGCAGGUGGAGGAGUUGAAGAAGAGAACAACACUUUGAAGAAGGAGGUGAAGACUCUGAGAGAGGAACUGGACGCCACCAAGAAAGCUCUCCAGAAGUCCGACAAUGAUGUUCAGGCCAUGAAGAAACAGGCUGAGAACCUGACUGUGGAAUAUGACCGACUGUUGGAGGAACACAGCCAACUGCUGGCAAGCGGUGACUCUCGGGACAAGAAAUCGGACUGAGAAGGACCAAGGAUACGGCACCACACCCUCAUGAUCAUCAAUAAUUCUGUGAUUUCAACACCACUAUACCUACCGCUCCCGUUUCCACCACUGUUUCUGACAUCACUUCCUGUUCACUGAUGUCACUCGUGCUGUGACAUCAGCAUGGUGUGACUGGUUGGCUCAUUGUGGACAUUUGUUAUUGAGUCUCCCCAUUAGACUGUGAAGGAGCUUUAUCGAUAAGAAACAAAACAAACCGUCACCCUUCUUCUAUGAAUAUCUGCCCCCAGCAGCGUGGAAGCCAUAUACCAUCUUUAUUAUUGUACUUAUGAACUGGGUCCAUUCCUUCCUGUUGUCUCUCUGCACGGUGUGAAGUCAUGGUGUUGAUGGACUGUCUCCAGCCUGUUGGUCUCAUCUGAGUUUAGGAGAGAUCUCCGGUUUUGUAACUUCCUGGUGUGUUUUGGAUGAUGGUUGUAUUCCAGACGGCACCAACAGACUGUUUAGAAUGAUGCACCUUCAGGUGGCAGGGCCGUGUGUACUUUUACAUAAACGUGUACUCAGUUAUAUCCUGUUAUCACAUCUUUAUUCUGCUCAAACCCACACCGCCUAUCAACUGCCCAUGACUUCUGCCACACACGCCUCUUGUUGCAGCAACACUGUUGGCUCCUCUCGCUGUCCAUCACCUUGCUCUGGUUAGCUGUCAGCCAAACACUGGAACAGGGGUUUGAGUUCCAGUGGCCUGAGUGCAAAGUCAGUACUGGAGCUGUAACAGGCGUAUUACACAUGGUUAUAAACGCUGUGUUAGUGAACUGUAGAUAAUUCCAUGUGUGUUUGUGGUACUUUACAGCUGCAUCUUCUUCUUCUGGCUUGUUCCCUGUUUCUCAGGGGUCACCAAGUGGAUUGUACAGUUUACAUCGGUACCCUGUGAGGGCACAGUACCGAUGGCUGCCAUUGUUAACCCAGGCCUUGGCUGAUCCAGUAUGGUCUUGUUAAUCCUCAUACUGACUUGGCAGAAUGUGUGGCCAUGCCUGUCGCAACACAAACGCUCGCAGUAAAGUGUUGAAGUCUGUCAAACAUGGACACGCUGGACUAAUACCUCCUCGGUGGUUUAUUUAAUAUCUGGACCUUCAGCAGUUAUCUCUGACAUCACACACUCCAAUCAGGCUGAUAUUUCCCAGAAUGCACAGCUAGCCUUACUGUAUCGGUGCCCACUCUGGUGAUGUCCUGACAGCUUGUUGUUGUUGUCUUGUUUUGUCCCCUCUUGUUCUUCUGCUGUCUGCUGCUGUGGCAACACCAUGCUGGUUGGUAACUGGUGAGGAGGGUCUCCACUGGGAUGAAGACCAUGAUAAACCACAGGGGAAGUAUCAGCUGUGCAGACAACACGUUUCCUUUUUGACUUUACUAAGAUGGCCUCAGCAGUUUCAGGCUAAAGCCAGGCAUCUGUACCGACACGGGGGAGGGGCCUGCGCAUUGUAA